AUGAAAGAAGUUGCUUACGCUGAUGAAAUAGAGGCACUUGAAGGGUUUAAAAGCACUCGCAAUGAUUGGUUUGUGAAAGAACCGAGGAAGAGAAGCAAGAAAGCUACUCCCAAAGUGCAAAAGGGAGAGGGUUCAUCGUCACAGCCCAAGAUACAACAAAAGAAAGCUACAAAGACUUUGCUUAUUGAUGAGCCUGAGGUAGAAGAACAAGUUGUAAAUGUUGAAGAGAAUCAGGAUUCUGAUAUGGAGGAUGUGUUGAAAAACAUUGAUUACGAAUUAGAUUCAGAUAAAGCAGCUGAGGUUGUUCAGAAAGAAAAAGUUGUUGAAGAUAUAAAAGGUGAUGAUGUGAACAAAAGCACUACAAGCUCUUCUAGCUCUUCUGAAUAUGAAAUCGAUGAAACAGAACGUUUAAGAAGAAUUCAAGAAGAGAUUGCUAAAGAGAAGCAGUUACGAAAGAGAAAAAGACAGGAGAAGGAUGAUGAUGAUGUAUAUGUUCCAUCUCCUGAACACGUAUCUGAAUCUCAAUCAACUCCUUCUGGUGGUAAAAAGAAAACUGGUGCAAGCAUGAGGAUUGUUUCUCCAAAGAUAAAGAAGGUUACUCAAAAGAUCAAGAAACCAAUGAAGAUUGAACUAAAGAAGAAACCUUCCCAAGAACCAAGUAAACCACCAUCACCACCACCUGAACCGAUACCACAUCAAUCACCUAUACACUCACCACCUCACCAAUCACCUCCUAAACAACCAACGCCACCAAGACAACCAUCACCACUCCAUCUCACACCACCUCAUUCACCACAACAAAUCCAUACCAUUACACCACCACAAGAAACAACCUUGCUUACAUCUCAACCAAUCUUUCAAACACCACCACCCUCACAACCAAUUAUUCAAACCACACCUGGUUCUUCGGGGUACAGAGGUUUUCCACCAGUUCCACCAAAUUUGUGUAUGGGGCUUGAUGAGAUUGGAGACUUUGAUUUUGCGAGUAAUGUUCAUUUAAAGAAUGUGGAAAGUAAAGUUGAUGCUGUGAUAGACGAAAACAAAAGAUUAGCAGCUGAAAGCAAGAAAGUGGCUGAUCGUGAAAAGAUUCUUGAGAUACGAGUAAAGAAGUUAGAGUCUGAAAACAAGUCUUUGUUGAAAAAGAUAGAUACCGAUCAGACAGAGAUUGAUUUCUUGAAGGUAAGAGUGGCAGAGUUAGAAGAAGAAAAGACUCGCCGUUGA